AUGGUCGAGGUGGGCGGCGUGCGCUUCGCGACGACAUCGGCGACGCUCGCCAAGGCGGAGUACUUCCGCAAGAGCCUCAAGGAGAAUGCCGACAAGGAGAACGGCUCUUCCUCCGCCUCGGAGCCGCGCACUCUCUUUGUUGACCGAGACCCGGACGUGUUCCGGCUGCUGCUCUCGCGCGCGCUGCUCGACGCGAUCUUUUACGGCUACGUCUGGCUGCUCGAGGAGGUCAAGGCGGCCGUGAUCGACCACCUCGGCCUGCCGGCGGCCAAGGCGAUGGCGCGGCCGCUUGCAACCGAUCUCGACUCGGUCUCGGCGCAGUCUCGGCGUGAUCUCCCGCAGGCGAUCAUGGCCACCUACAACCGGGCGCACCCAGGAAAGCCGAUGCGCGCCCGCAAAAAGCGGGAAAAGGCGAGGCUAUUCGACGUUAAGUGGGCGAGCCUCGACGCCGCCUUCGACCCGGCGACCGGCUGCCUGCCCUCCCUCUUCUUCCGAAAGGCAGACGCGGCGCACGCCGCAAAGGCGACCGCGGCGGCAGCGGCGCGGUGGAGCUCCGUCCAGCACGAGACAUGCCCGAGCCGAGGCCAGCCCGCCCUGCUCAAGGCCCUCGAUGCGGUCAGGGGCGCCGCCGCGGCGAGCGCGGCGAGGGAUGAGGACUCGCCGCCGCCGCCCACGCCACCGCCCCCCAGGCCGCCGCCUCCGCCGCCUCCGUGCUCGCAAGGGAAAGGCUGCCGCCCAAGGGAAAGGCUGCCGCUGUCGCCCCUCGAAGAAUGGGCUCACUUUAUGGCCGACUAUGACUGA